GCCAAACUAUCAAUUGAGCCGAUCUGGACCUUUGCCAUGUUUUCUCGCAAGCAGAGGCGAUCGCAACGGAAAGUUUCGUAGCGGAGGAGGAAGAAGCAGCGCAGGCGGCCUGAAGAAGGAGAAGCAGGCGAGGAUAACAUGGCAACGGUGAGCUUGGCCCCGGGGCUUUCACGGAAACUGAAGAAGGUGCUUGCUACCCGGACAGACAGCCCCGAUCUACUGGAUUCGCUUGGCACCCUUUCCACUUUCUACACCGACAACACCCCGCAGGCUCGGAGGAACCUCCGCUCCUCGAUCGAGCUUCGCUCUCUCUCCAUCAAUCACCACUUUCUCUUAGCCUCUCUCCCCGCCCAGCAGGUUCUGGAUAAAGUCGAAGAAGAGGUUAACGCGUUGGCCGAAUGCUGUGAUCAGAUAGCAAAGGCAUUAAGCAGCUGCAGUGCAAGCACUGGAGAUAUCAUUAGUACCACUGAGAGGCUAAAGCAAGAACUUGAUCUCACUAUUCAGCGCCAGGAAAUUGUGUCAUGUUUUCUUCGUGAUUACCAACUUUCCAAUGAAGAGAUUACUGCACUAAGAGACGAGGAAUUGAAUGAAAAUUUUUUCAAGGCCCUCCAUCAUGUUCAAGAAAUUCAUGCAAACUGCAAGAUAUUAUUAAGAACACAUCACCAGCGUGCUGGUUUGGAGCUUAUGGACAUGAUGUCUGUUUACCAAGAAGGUGCAUAUGAAAGACUAUGCAGGUGGGUACAAAUAGAGUGUAAAGCAUUGGGAGACGGUGAUAAUCCUGAAAUUGGUGACCUUCUAAAGACAGCUGUCCGCUGCCUGAGAGAUCGGCCGGUUCUUUUCAAGUAUUGCACAGAAGAGGUUGCAAAUAUGAGGCAUCAUGCUUUGUUUAGAAGGUUCAUUAGUGCUCUUACACGCGGAGGGCCGGGAGGGUUGCCAAGACCCAUUGAAGUGCAUGCACAUGAUCCGUUGCGCUAUGUCGGUGAUAUGUUGGGAUGGUUACAUCAGGCUAUUGCUUCGGAAAGAGAACUUGUACUUGUAUUACUCGAUACGGAUGCCAUUUCUGAUUCUGGGUCGGCUGCUCGCCAGUUUGGGAGGAAUCGCGAAAGUGAUUUUCCGAAGUCAGAACCCGAUGUGACUUCUGUUCUUGAUAGAAUAUUUGAAGGGGCGUGUCGACCCUUUAAAAUUAGAGUGGAGCAAGUUUUGCAAUCUAAACCUAGUCUUAUAGUUUCAUAUAAACUGAGCAAUACUUUGGAGUUCUAUAGUUACACUAUUUCGGACCUGUUGGGAAGAGAGACCGCACUUUGCAACACACUUUGGCUACUCAAAGAUGCUGCCCACCAAACAUUUCAUAAUAUAUUGAAAACUCGUGGAGACAAGCUGUUAAGGUAUCCGCCAUUGGUUGCAGUUGAUUUAUCUCCACCUCUGGCGGUACGGGAAGGAGUAUCUUUGCUUCUUGAGCUUAUUGAAACUUACAACGGAAUGAUGGUUCCAGCAUCUGGCAAGAGGCCAGAAUUUGAUCCUGUGAUAGCUGCAUUACUUGAUCCGAUAAUUCAGAUCUGUGAAUUAGCAGCAGAAACUCAGAAAUCAAAAGGAGCACUUGCAAGAAAGAGUAGAACAAAUUCUGAAAUAGGCCCAAGCAGCAGGGAUUCUAUAUCAGUUGAUUCAAUUUUGACCAAAAAGGCGGCCACAGUAUCUCAGAGCGCUGAAGUUUCAUCCAAAAUAUACCUCAUCAACUGCCUCUCUGCCAUUCAGCAGCCAUUGAUUUCCCAUGAAGUUGCAUCAUAUUAUGCAGCCAAUCUUCUUUCCAUGAUUGAAACUCACCUCGAAACUCUUGUGGACAAAGAAGUAGAUUCCAUUCUUAGAAGAUGUGGCCUUCUGAGCAAGCUAAACUACAUUCAAACUGUCUCUGCAACAGAUCACAGCGCUGAAGCUGCUGGUACUCUAGCUGAAGUAGAGGAUAUGUCGCCGCCAGUUCUCUCGGAUUGUUUAAGAGCUUUCUUCGGACUAGUGACAGGGACCGAAGGCUCCCUUCCGGAAUACGAUCUGUUGCAGGUUCCUCGGCUUCGUUCCGAUGCAUGUGCUCGUGUAGCGAAGGCAUUAGCAGCAGCUUAUGAAGUCAUAUAUGGAGCCAUUACUGACCCCAAAAAUGGGUACUCGGAUCCCAAGUCAUUGGUGAGGCACUCACCAGAUCAGAUUAGAACCAUGUUGGAGAUCUGAAAUCUUAUGUUGUUAGUAUUUGCUAGAAGGUUUUAUUCUUGGCUUAGUAGUUUUAUAUGAAAACUAUUUAACACUGAUGUGUUGUGUACAGCUCAUAGUAUAUUUUUGUAGGAAGAUUACAUAUAUACCACUUGAUUCUUAUGUAUUUAUAUAUCUAACACCUAAACUUCAAUUUUACAUACAUAACCUUAAAAGAAAUAUUUCACUCUUUAGAAGUAAAAUGGUGGUUUUUUUUAUGUGAUAUGAAUGUAAAAAGUCAAAGUUUAGGUGUUGUAUAUGUAAAUACAUAGGAAUUAGGUGGUAUGUUUGUAAAUGCGCCAUUGUUCUAUUCAUUUUGUAAACUUUCUGAAUGACAUAUUUCCAAUAAUGUGUUA